AGAGUACUAGGGCACAAAUAAGGACAAAUCCAUCUUGCAAACUCAUAAGACACUAUAAGUAAAAAUUAUAGUAUAGUAUUAUUAAGGAAUAGUUCUGAGGUUUUAAUUAAAGGAGCCAGCGCGGGACAUGGAACACUUUUGUGCCAAAGGAGAAGUGAUUUAAGACGCAGAAGCAGCAGUGCGCGAGAGUGUUUCAUGUCUGCAGUUUGCACGGUUGGUUUUACGGCAUGAUUCCAACAUUAGCUCUUGAGAAGGACAGCUACCCAUGGGAUGUUGGGCGACAAGGUUUAACCUGCACCUGAAAGCGCAUUCCAAACUAUCCGUGUUUUUCACCAUGAUUAUUUUGGUCACUUAUGUGUUCUACUGUCUAACCGGAUACUGCGAGUUAACCCCGAUUCCGCUGCACGAGCGCAGACCGACUUUAACCCAACUUCAUCAGGACCGCAACUCGUCCGACCAACCCGACUUUCUGGCACGCCUCAGCGAAGAAGAGACGAGACAUCUUUCCGGGGACGUUUCUAACCUCUCGGUGUCCGACAGUUUCGGUAGUAAAGAGUUUCCCCAGGCCAUCAUUAUCGGCGUGAAAAAGGGUGGCACGCGCGCGCUGCUCGAGUUCCUGCGCGUGCAUCCAGACGUGCGAGCUGUGGGCGCAGAGCCGCACUUCUUCGACAGGUUCUAUGAUAAAGGACUGGAGUGGUACAGAAACCUCAUGCCCCGUACUCUGGAGGGACAGAUCACCAUGGAAAAGACCCCCAGUUACUUCGUGACACGAGAAGCCCCUCGUCGUAUCUUUACCAUGAACCACAACACUAAACUGAUCGUUGUGGUGCGGGACCCGGUCACUCGGGCUGUCUCUGAUUACACACAGACUCUCUCCAAGAAUCCUGGGCUUCCCUCCUUCCAGAACCUGGUCUUCAAAAACUCCAGCACAGGCCUAAUUGAUACAUCAUGGAGCGCCGUUCGUAUCGGAAUCUACUCCAAGCACCUGGAGAACUGGCUGCGGUACUUUCCACUCUCACGCUUGCUGUUCGUGAGCGGUGAGAGGCUCGUAACAGACCCGGCGAGCGAGAUGGAGCGAGUGCAGGACUUUCUGGGCUUGAAGAGGCUCGUCACCAACAAGCACUUCUACUUCAACCAGACUAAAGGCUUCCCCUGUUUAAAGAAGCCCGAGGGGAGCAGCAGGCCGAGGUGUCUUGGCAAAUCAAAAGGCAGAGCUCAUCCUCACAUACCAUCUUAUGUGUUGUACAAGCUCAGGGACUUUUACAGACCUUUCAAUAUGAAGUUUUAUCAGAUGACAGGCCAGGAUUUUGGCUGGAAAUAAAAGUUAACCAGAUCGCAAUGGUUAAGACUCCAAGGAUUGCCUCUGAUACUGGUGGACCUUUAAGCGAGGUCUUUCAGUCUCACAUGUUUCAGGGGUUGUAUAAGAGCUGACUGUGAGCACUGAAGCCCCAGAAAAGACAUCAGAAUGGACAGAAAGCUAACAAAUUUCCCCUGGGAAUGCUUAAGGUAUGAAUAUUAAAGUGCUGGGUGUAGCAACCUAUUCCUGUUCGAUUCAGUGAUGAUUUUUAUUGGUCAACACCAUCCCAAAAGCUACUCUUUUUUUUUAUUUUAUUAUUUAUCCUUUUUUAUGAAAUAGUCGCUGUCGGGCGGAAUCCUCGUAUCUCCAAAACCAUUAUUUUUCAGGAAAUUAAAAAAAUGCCGUAUCUUA